AUGUGGAGGAGGAAGAAAUCGACUUCGCAGGAAUCCAGGGGGAUUCUUGGGAGAAGGGACUCGAAGGAGGCUAAAAAAACCAAAGAUGGGAAUUAUUGCGAUAAUUGCAUCAAGCUUUUGCAGGAAAACAGCCAACUGAAAGAACGCAUAGCUAUCCUAGAGGGUGGUGGUAAAAGAAAAAAGUACACCAUUGCUCCUACUUUAUACACGUUCCACAAGAACAACGUUCAAAAGAACAGAAUUUCUCGCGCCGCAAGUCAAGUUACGCAAAGCAUCUUUGAUUUCGAAGAUGAAAAAGACACGGAUGCAUACAAUGAAGAAAUUAUAUCACAUUGCGCAGAUCCAAUGCCAAGUUCCUUCUUCCUCUCUGAAGAUUUCUUGGAUGCUUUUGAAAAUCAGUGUGAAGAAAUCAAACACAUAUUUUCUUCGGAACCACGUAUUCUUAAGCUGAAAUCGCCGGUGUACGUUUUCGGUGAUUUCCACGGAAACAUCGCCGAUCUCAUCGCUUUCGCCAAGUUGAUGUGGCCAUUAGGCAUGCAUCUAACUCCAGGCAGUUUUCUCUUCCUCGGCGACUACGUCGACCGCGGGCAGUACUCUAUCGAGGUUCUCUCCUACCUCUUCGCGCAGAAAAUCAUGCUUCCCGACAAGGUCUUCAUGCUCCGCGGCAAUCACGAGCUCCGCUCCGUCAACGGCUGGGAAGCGCAUUUCGGCAACCGGUGCUUCCUGGGCCAGCUGAAGUCGCGCUACGGGUCGAACAUCGGGAAGGACCUCUGGCAGAAGGCCAACGCGGUGUUCGACUGUCUGCCCUUCGCGGCCACCAUCGACGACGUGAUCUUCUGCGUGCACGGCGGCAUUCCCCGGCCGCUGUCGGAGACGGAGAGCGCGCUGGAGAGCAUCAACAAGAUCCCCUGUCCGUUCGCGGUGCAGGUGCUGGCGAUCGACGAGCGGUCCAAGCAGAUCAAGCAGCUGUCCAGCGAUCUGCUGUGGUCGGACCCCGCGCAGCACGAGCAGGAAGAGCAUUUAGACAACACGGGGUUCGGGGAGGGCGAGCGAGGCCCCGGGGCGAUUUGCUAUGGGGACAAGGCGAUUCAGCACUUCCUGGACACGACGGGGAUGUCGCACAUCGUGAGGGCGCACGAGCCCACGCAGAAGGGGAUUAAUAUCAGCAAGGGGGGACGGGUGAUCACGAUUUUUAGCACGUCGAGGGAUCAUGGAUGUAAGGAUGCGUUCUGUGGGUGUAUUCUGGUGGAUACGGAGGUAGGAGAGAAGGGGAGAGAUGAAAGGUAGAAUAUUAUCGCGAUUAACCAUCCCGACUCGCAGAGCGAGGAGAUGAUGAGUGAGGGGUCAGAUCGGAGUUUGGAAUUGGAUGAUAUUGAAACGAUGGAUUACGUUUGUGUCUGUUUGUUGGAAAAAGGGUGGUGGUAGUGGGGAGAUUGAAUCACUCUCUGUGGAUUCGUGAAAUCUAUACAGUAUUUUAUUAAUACUUGAUGAAUUGUACUCUAUGAGAAAAACUUUGAAGAAAAAUACACACUAUUCUCAUUUUCUUCAUGUUCAAGGGAAACAGCGCUUCCUUUAAAUUCAACUUCUUUGAUGUAACGAAUUGCUAUUGCUUAUCAAAUGCAGGAUGCAGCGGCUGAGGUUCAGGAAGAAGUGGUGAGCGACAAAAUACGAGAGAAGGCAGAAGAGGACAAGAAGGAAGCUUUCUAUGUCAGUCUCGAGAACGCAUCCGACUAUGAAGAUUUCCCCUGCAACGACCUUGGGAUGUAUUUGAUUAUUAUCUCCCGACUAACUACACAGUGCGGAUCUGAAAUUUAUUCAUUAUGCCGGAGAAAUCGGUAACGAUGCAGAUAUCAUUCCAGGUCAAUUCGAAGGUGUGAAUCUACAUAUCUCCCCUCUAUUUCUAGGUGGUCAUCGCAUCUGGCAAGGCUGUUUAGACCUGAUUCGUUUCAUCGAGAAACAGAACCUUGAUGUCUCCGCUUCCACCACUGUCGUCGAGCUUGGCUGCGGCCACGGACUUCCAGGCUCUCUCUUCCUGCGCAAGGGAGCUCGCGUGUACUUCCAGGACCUCAACAUCGAUUCCCUCCAAAAAGCCACAAUUCCCACCAUCGUUUUAAAUGCCGGCAUUUCCGCUAUCGACCGGUAAUCCUCAUCUUUUUCCUCUCACUCUAGUUGCAAACUCAUCUGCGGUGAAUGGAGUGAAACGCCCGCUCUGAUCCCGGAGGCAAAAAUCGACUAUAUUAUUGCCAGUGACACAAUUUACACGCCCGCCACCGUGCGUUCGUUCGUAACCGCGGUGAAUCAGCUGGCUUCCAAGGAUACGGUUUGCUGGCUGGCCUCGCAGAAAUACUAUUUCGGUCUGGGAGGCGGCACCCAAUCGCUGAUCGACACAAUCAGGGAAGAGAAACUGCCGCUGACCGUGGAAAUCGUGGAAACCUUGGGCGAAGACACGGUGAAGCGUGAUAUCGUGUGUGUGCGAAAGAUAU